AAGACAAACAGGUCAAUAGGCACUACUUUCACCAGUAUAAUGGAGAACUCACAGUCAGAACAAAGGGAGGAAAUGUCAUUUGAACAAAAUAUCUCUCAAGAUUUCAACACGAAUGGGCAUUCAGGCUCUCACCAUCAAACAUUUGGACAAGGAGUGUCUAACUUAAAACUUCAUCAAGGUCUGUUUACGGAGAGAGGUGGAUCUGCAUUUCCACUCCACCGACUGGUUACUCUGGGUCUGCUGAAUGCAGUUCUGCUGAUAGCUGCUGUUGUCAUUGGGAUUUACUGUGCCAAAGCCAAUUACCUUCUGGAUCCUCAUUUAGCUGCUACACCCCUCAUCAUUGAGAUGAACUAUCUCCGCAACCACAGUGAUAUCAUCAGAGCUAAAUUGGAGGCCCAGGCACAAUUAGCGAAAGAGCGUGGCAGCCAUCGGCAACUAAAGUUGCAAGUGACGCAGACUAAGACCCUCGCUGACUACCUUCAGAGACAGAUUGAGACCCUACAGACAGAGAGGACAAAUCUGCAGUCUAACAAAACUAUCAUGGAGGAAUCAUGUGGUAGAUGUCUACAAGGAUGGAGUCUUCUUAAAUCAUCCUGCUAUUACUUUUCUCACCAUGUGUCCAACUCCAAAAAGAAUUGGUUGGAUAGCAGAGCAAACUGUAUUAGUCAAGGAGGCGACCUACUUGUGAUCAAUAACUUGGAGGAGCAGCAACUCAUAAGUGACAACUUUCCAAAGCUGAGGAGCAGUGGUUUGUGGUGGCAGAACGGAUUUUGGAUCGGCCUCACUAAAGUAGUGACAGCGGGAACAUGGGUCUGGGUUAACAAUGUGACUGAGGUUGAAACAAUGUACUGGAGACCUGGACAGCCUACCCAUGAUGGACCUCUGAGUGGGAACUGUGCUGCUUUUAAUUACUUUUCCAAUGAGAGGCCAUGGUAUAAUGCAAACUGCCUUGCCCUUCUAUUGAACUGGAUAUGUGAGAUGGAUCUAAGCUAAGCAUUAAACCUCUCAAGUGGAAAUCACAAUAACAGGACAAAUCAUUUUUGUCAAUGCAAAAUCUUUCAAAUAAACAAACUGCAGCUCCAUA